AUGUGCGAUGGUGUCUUAGGCGAUGAGAAGAUUCACGUCACCGUGACGCCGGACAACACGCGCGCGCUGAUCCUGGAUGGCGCCAGCACCAAUGGCUUUGUCCAGUCCAAGGUGAGAUGUCAAGGGAAAAGCCCAGAGCUUUUCAGCGGCAGCUGCGACGAUCCGAGGAUCCGCAAAGCCUGGAGACUCGGAGAAAUCUGGGUGGACCUCACCAGUGACUUUGCCUUUCCCUACGUGGACUAUGUGAUGCAGCGCCUGAAGCGCAUCCACUGCUCCAAGCACAUGCAAGUCCUUAUGCUGGGGCUAGGCGGUAGCACCAUGCAGAGCUCGCUGCGAAAGGCGUGUCCUGCGGCGGAGCUCCUCACCGUGGAGGCCUCGCCCGGCGUCGUGGCGGCCGCCCGGCGCUUCUUCGGCUUCCGAGGUGACGUCUUAGUAGAAGACGCACGGGAAGCCUUGAAAGAGCUGGCACGGAGCGGGCGACGCUUCGACGCAAUCGUGGUGGAUAUUGCAGAUACAGUGCUGGAGAAAGAAGAUGUGGAUCAUUUGCACAGCCUACUCAAAGACAGUGGGGAAGUGUUGCAGAAUCACACCAAUCAGAGCCAAAGCCGUGAUUCCAAAAUCCAAGCUGGGGGCUGGGCCUUGGAUGUUGGGGGUACACCUGGAGUUUUGAUAGCAUUCGGACUUCUGGCGUUCCGGGAUGCAAGGGGUGCAAAGCCCACAUUUGAAGAUUCAGACCCCUUGAAGCCAGUGGAUUGGUCUUUGCAUGGUUGUUCAGACUUGAACAUGUUGAACGUUUGGAGUGAGUUUAGGCGGCUGGUGGAUCACCUGCUUUGCGGCGCGUGGUCGCUGAGCAUUUGGAACGCACCAGGCCUCGCAAUGUACCGGGCCUUGGAGCGCCGCACCCACCCGUGCACAUAUGCCUCCGACAUGAUCGAGCCCUUCCACUACCCGGAGAAUGAGGUGGAAGUCCAGAGACGGGAAGGGCAUAGGCCCUCAAUUCAUGCCAUCAUCUCUACAUGGUGGACCCAUGACACGGCCACGGACCAGUGUUGGAGGUGGGAGAGCCGCACCUGGGACCUCCCCUCUUUGAUCCACAUCUACUCCUACCGCUACAGCUUGAAGUACAUCUACAGCUUGUGGUGCAGCUUGCCCCUGGCAAUUGGUGGAAAGCAGCGCGGAAAGGAUGCCCCGGCUCGGAUCACCAUCCCACUCUCGGCCCUCAAGGAGUUCCCCGAUGUCUACCAGAAGUUGGUGGGACAGAUCCCUCAGUCGGCCAUGGUGGAGGUGAUCUAUCCGGACCCGGGUUUCCCCGCCUACGAGACCACCAUCCAGUGGUCCGGCGCCACGGCCAAGCCGCUGAAGCUGCAUGAGGCCACGGGCUUCCGGUUCCAACACGCUGCGAGGCCGAAGUGGAGGUGGAGAAGGGGGGUGGAGAAGGGGGAGGUGGGUGGGGACUGGAUGAUGUACGAAGUGGCAGGAUGCUGA